UGAAUGUUACUGCCACAUGUAGCUGUGAGUAAAUGUUCCUCAUUCUUCACUUCAGUAAAGAACCUUCUGGAUGUGCAUGAGAGCAGCGUCCUUCAGAGUGAUUCUCCGGCUCUGGUCACUUGGUGGCAGCGUCUGCCCUCAGAGUCUGGCCUCUCUGAUUCAUUCAAUCUGCCAUCUGCUCUGGGUUUUCCACUUUAACUCUGGAGCAGCAGAAAUGCUCACACAUGGAAGAGGAAGUGCGUGAACAGACAAAAGGCUGCAGCGAUGAUUUCCUGAGGUUUAUCAGUCAGGCUGCAGCAGAUACAACCGAGCAACAGUGCAAUCAGUGAGUUCAUCAAUGCAGCUCCUCUGUUUGAUCCAGGAACUGCCGGCUGACUUAAGUGGCCGAGCCAGUUUUUUCAGAGAGUAUAAGAGAGUGGAAGUGAAGCCCGGGAGAAGGACUGGAGACAUGGCCGAUACUGCAGCUGUAGAAGAAGCUCCCAUCUCCGAACAGCAGCUGUGUGGCAUCUGCUCAGGUGUGCCGAGCGGGGACAAGCCGGCGGACUGUGGUCACUCUGUGUGUGGCUCCUGCCUCGGGGACAAAAGUAAAGGAUGUCCCGAGUGUCUUCAAAGUCCCGACAAGCCUGAACCUGCUGAUGGUCUCAAACAGAACGGAACAGAGGCUGAAUCUCCGGUGAUUAACAGCAAAGAGGAGCAAAAUCAGGACUCUAAGACAACAGAGGAGGCCAAGAUCCAAGACGAUCUGAAGGAGUCUGAGGACCCCGAAAAGCCGGAGGAGGAGAAGAAAGAACCAGAACCUCAGACGGACGAAGAGGUGAAAAAUGGAGCAGAAGAGGAGGUGAAGGAGGAACCUUUGGGGCCCGAUGAUGUGGUGUGUGACUCGUGUAUCGAGACUCCCUGCAGGGCCCUCAAAUCCUGCCUCACCUGCCUGGUAUCGUACUGCGAGGCCCACCUCCGGCCUCACCUGGAGAACCCAAAGUUUCAGAACCACCGGCUGGUGGAGCCGCUCAGGGACAUCGAGAGGAGGACCUGCGAGAGCCACAAAUGGCCCCUGGAGAUUUUCUGCUGCGCCGAUGCCUGCUGCAUCUGUCAGGACUGUGUGAUGGAGGACCACAGGGGCCACAACACCAUACCUGUGGUGGAGGCUCGCAAGCAGAUAGAGAGGGAACUGAGGGAGAAACAGACUGAGAUGGUGAAGACGGUGACAGCAGCCGAGAACGCCAUCAACAAACUUCAGCUAAACACAGUCUCCAUAGAGCAAUCGGUGACCGAGGUACGAGCAGUGAUCGAGAGCCAGUUUGAGGAGCUGCAGGCGGUGGUGGAGAGGGCCAAGAGGGAGGUCACGGAGAUCUUGGAGGGUGAGGAGAAGCAGGCGCUGAGGCAGGCCGAGGGCAUCCGGGUUCACCUGGAGCAGAGGUGCACUGAGCUGAAGAAGACUCAGGCUCAGGUGGAGAAGCUCUCCAGAAACAAAAAUGACGUGGAUUUCUUACAGGAGUAUUCAGAGUGGAAGAAAGAAGCCACUGAUAUUUCUCUGCCUGGGGUCUACAUCGGCCUGAUGGAUCGUCUGAAUUCCUUCAGCCGUGUGAUCUCUGAGUCCACGCAGGAGCUCUGUGCCUCCGUUGUGUCUUCAUACAUAGAAAAAGUUAAAGAGACAUGCAAGAAUGACAAAAUGGGAAUAAAGACAACAGUUCAUGCCAUCGUUGCAGCGAAACAGAACAUGAUGAUACCAGAUCCACAGACGCGUGCUGACUUCCUCAAGUAUGCCGCUCCCAUGAGUUUCGAUGCGGACACGGCUCACAAGUUCCUGCGUCUGACGGAAGAGAACAGGAAGGUGACUAACACCACACCUUGGCAGCAUCCUUACCCCGAUAUACCUGAGCGAUUUGACAACUGGCGCCAAGUUCUGGCCGCCGAAAGCUUCUACCUGGGCCGGCACUACUUUGAGGCAGACAUCGGCGGUGAGGGCACUCACAUCGGCCUGACCUACAAGAGCAUCGAUCGCAAAGGCGGAGAGAGCAACAGCUGCAUCACCGGAAACAACUUCUCCUGGUGUCUUCAGUGGAACGGACGCACCUUCUCCGCCUGGCACAGCGGCGUGGAAACGCCUCUCAGUGUGGAGAAGUUCACUCGUGUCGGGGUGUACGUGGACUACACGCGAGGCCUCCUGGCUUUCUACGGCGUGGAAGACACCAUGACGCUCAUCCACGAGUACAAGGCAGAGUUCCUGGAGCCCCUUUACCCGGCGUUCUGGCUGUCCAAGAAGGAGAAUGUCGUCGCCUUGGUGGCACCUGGUGAACCAUUACGGCUGAAAAGCCCCUCACCUCCGACCUCACCUGCAAACGGAGCUGUUCUUUCAUAAACAGCAGCACAGACACAUCUAGACGUCUGUUUGUCCUCAAUGAUCCGAGGGUCAUUUCAACAGUUUGAGAGUACUGUUGCAUAAAUUGUUAACAAUAGACUUAUUAUGAAUUUGUUUACAGUCCAUCAUUUUGUUGCCAUACUGACAUAGUAAGCUGUUUAUCUCGAGCACAUUUCGGCUCAACUCAUGUUUACACUCCGGUGUAUGUUUGGGACUCUGUUACUGUACUUCUCAUCGCACUGUGAAUUCAGAAAUGUUAAAUUUUUUCCGUAUGCAAAUAAAACUUUGUGUCUUCAUUUGCAAAAGAAAAAAGUUCCCCGCACUUGUAGCCUAAAUAGUUUCACAGGGAACAUUUGGCUUUUGCACGGCACUGACAACAUCAGAGGUAGUCAACGUUGUCCUGAGCAUAGUUUAUCAUUGACAAGCUACCACUGAUAUCCAAGAUGGCGCAUUCACGGCUUAGCAGGGCCUCAGACAUGUACGAUUCAUUUAUCAUGAUCUUAUUUAUCAAGAGCUGUGCAAAAGUCUGAGGCACUUCAGAUGU